AUGCCAUAUUACUAUCAGCCGCUCGGUGUCAACGACAUUCGACUGCUGACACUUCAUCCUAUCGCAAAAGAUGCCGAUAGUUCGUCAUCGAUAAUUUGCACACUUGAGCAUGUUGACCUGGCUCAGGGCACCGCUCUUAACCGCGAGACGCAGGCAUGCAAAGGAAGUAAUCAUGUCUGGCCCGAAGUUCUUAUGCCUCACGACUUUCGACCCCUGUUCAAGCCGUGGAAGUCAAGAAGAAGGCGCCUCCCGUUGCAAUUGCCCAUAUCAUCGCAGAGUUCCGCAGAACUAGUUGAAAGCGAGAAUGGGGUUCCCUGGCGUCGUGUAUGGGGCGAUUACGUUGCACUGUCGUACUCCUGGGGUCCAGAAAUGCCAAAGUCAUCCAUCAUUCUAAAUGGCGAACCAUUUCAAAUCAGACCAAAUCUCCAUGAUGCACUGGUCCUCCUUCGUUCAUGCGCACGGAUACGCCAGGGAUUCAAGAUCUGGGUCGACUCUAUAUGCAUCAAUCAGGCUGACAUGGCUGAACGCAAUCAGCAAGUGUCGCGGAUGCGUGAUAUUUACGCAUCGGCGUGGCAGGUCGUGGCUUGGCUUGGGCCAGCCCGGGGUGACAGUGACUUGGCAGUGGCGGCUUUGCAGUGGAUCGCAGCACGCAAUCGGCCGUUUGGUCACACGAACAGCUUCUAUCAUGAGGAUGUGCAUUCGGCCUGGCUGUUUGGGCUGCGAAUCUGGCGGAGCCCGCCGCUACGCGACCGUGUGUACCAAGCACUUGCCACCUUUUUCUUGAGACAAUAUUGGCAACGCCUGUGGAUUCUACAGGAAGUGGCAAUCGCACGAGCAGAUGGGCCGAUCGCUUGUGGAAACUGUUGGUUGACAUGGGACAUCCUACGGACCGCCUGUACCUUCAUCGCGCAAGACGAGAUGAGAUUCGGGCGCGAUAUUAUUUCAAGACUGCGUUCAGACUCGCAGACUUUCGGGCGGUUUGAGGCUGGGCAGGAUAGGGUGCCCUGGGAGAGACACUGGACUUCUGAACGCAUGUGGGGACUUGUACUUGAGUUAACGAACCUGCAACAAGACCAGAGGGCCAUUCCAAACAAUACUGGUGCUACUGACGUGAUCCGACCACUAUUGCUCGGAUUAGAGGCGCAAUCGGAGCUUGCAGAGGAUCGAAUAUACGGGCUACUCGGCUUGAAAGCUAUUAUGGACAGGGCCGCCAUAACACCAAUCUACGGAAGUUCUUUACAGGAGAUUUAUAAAAAUUUUAGCUUGCAGCUCCUGUUAGAAGGAGAUCUAAACACACUACAGUUGGUUUCAAGGCACGGCGUGGAGAUCUACAAACACCAGAAAGCAACAAUCAACGAAAGUUCCGGUGUGGCUAUAUCUGAUUUAUGGAAAAUAUCGCUUUAUAUUACGAACGACCAUCUGAAAACUGGUCAAGGACAUCGUACUGUUGGAACUGUCUGCGCACACAGUCUACCAAGCUGGACGAUAUGCAUGAUCUGUCGGCCAAUUCCAACAGCACGACUUAGAGGUCCGUACCGAGCAGGAGGGUCCAGGUCCACCCCUACACUGGUGAAGACUGUGCCAAAUAAUGGUCUCCUAGUUCAAGGCAUAUUGUUGGAUGUGAUAACUUCAUUGGGAGCCUCCCAUAAGGACGAGGUGGACGAAUCCUACCCAACAACUCCUCCCGGCGGCCCUCAGCUGAAUGCAUACGGAGACCUUGAAGGUGCGAGAACAGCACUUUCCAGAACAAUGACGGCCGAUACAACCGCACAAGGGAUUGUCGAUACCGCAAAUAACAUGGAGAUCCUCCUUAACGGUCAUAUGUGGCGUGGCGGCUUGCAACGAACAUAUGCUCAUGGAUUUUCUUUUCGGAGUAUUCUGUUCCGAAAUCGUGGGUUGGUUCUCUCUGGAUACACACUUGACCAGUUAAUUCUCCCCUCUAGAGGUGAGAGAGGUCAGGAGUGGAAUGACUGGAAGAACUUCUUGAAAAUGGAGCGGGUUUGGAAGGAGGCGAUCUCCUGGGCGGUAAACGUGGCUGCCUGGAGACGAUUGCUGUCCACGAAGACAGGAAGAAUGGGAUUAGCUCCUGCAGGGGCAAGAUUGGGAGAUUCAAUUGCGAUUCUAGUCGGAUGUGACAUGCCACUAGUUCUUAGGCGGCAGGAGUUGGGGGGGUGGAUUGUCGUCGGAGCCUGUUAUGUACAUGGUGUUAUGUAUGGAGAGGGAAUACUUGACCAUGAUAAGUUUGAGGAAAUCACGCUUUAUUAG